AUGUUCCGCAAAAAUUAUAUAUUAAGCACUUUUACUGCGUCUCGUUCGCGUAAGCUAUCUAGUGCUCUUCGAAAUCAUAACAAUAUGGACAAUAUGGACCAUUUACGUCCAUAUCAAAGAGAAUGUAUCGAAAAAUGUUUAUAUAAGUUUCUCAAAGAAAAGAUAAACCGUCAAAUUGUGUCAUUACCUGUAGGAAGUGGUAAAACGGUCAUAUUUUCUAAUUUAAUUCGUCGAAUCCCGUCUCCUAUGCAAGGAGCAGAAAAAAUACUUGUACUUGCUCAUAGAGAAGAACUUCUUGAUCAGGCAUAUAGACAAAUUAAAAAAUACUCGAAUUUGAGUGCUGAAAUAGAUCAAGGAAAAAGAACUGCAACUGGAAAUACAGAUGUUAUUAUUGGAAGUGUUCAAACACUAGGAAAGACAGGAUCAUCUCGUAUCGAAAAAUAUGAUCCAUCCCAUUUUAAAGCAAUCAUAAUUGAUGAGGCUCAUCAUGCCGCAGCAUCAACUUAUCGUAAAAUUUUAGAAUAUUUUGGCGCGCACACGAAAAAUACUCACAUAUUUGUUUGGGGGUGUUCGGCAACAGUUCGGAGAUAUGAUGGACUGGCUCUUGAUGGCAUUUUUGAUGAGAUUACUUAUCACAAAGACUUCUUAGAGAUGAUCGAGGAAAAAUGGACAGGAACUGAUUUGUCUCGAGUAAAAAGUAACACUAUUGAUUUCAUACCAACAAUUCUUUCCCAAUUGAUUAAUGUUAAAAAUCGUAAUGAAAUUAUAGUACGAACAUACCUUAAACUGGCUG